AUUGUAGUACUACCAUAAAUCAAUUCUCGUCCGGGACGCCCAAAAAGUUCAAGGGAAAGUUUUACUCUACACGUAUUUAGGACAGAAAAAUCCAUUUCUAAAAAGGACCAACAGUAUACGGGCACGUAGUCCUUCCAAAUCCCACUCAAUUCCCACGCCACAAAACCGUCAUCCAGUGUAAAAAUAUCUCGUCUCCCGAGGGCAGCGAGUUUGAAUCUUCUUGAACUCUCAUCUCCGUUCUCUGAAAUCACAAGCAGUUUUCCCAGGAAUCGAUACGCGCUUUGGAGAACGAUGGCUUGUGCUUCACAGACGCUGAUUGCUGCAAAUUCAUGCUCAUUUCCGAGCCAUAGAGCCAUGAGAAAGUCGCAGAGACUCUUCAGUCAAAAUACUUCCAAUCUAGUUUUAACGGUCAGAGCUUCGUCUGAAGAUUCCGACUGCAAUGUCGACGAAUGUGCCCCCGAUAAAGAGGUGGGGAAAAUAAGUAUGGAAUGGCUAGCUGGGGAGAAAACUAAAGUGGUUGGGACAUAUCCACCGAGGAGAAAGGGGUGGACUGGCUAUGUAGAAAAGGACACUGCUGGGCAAACAAACAUAUAUUCUGUUGAACCAGUAGUUUAUGUAGCAGAAAGUGCUAUAAGCUCCGGGACUGCAGGUUCUUCUUCUGAAGGGGCUGAGAACACACUGGCAAUUGCUGGUGGAAUUGCACUCAUUGCGGUCGCUGCAGCUUCAUCUAUACUGCUUCAAGUUGGUAAGAAACCACCUGAAGUGAAGACUGUUGAAUACACUGGACCCUCACUCAGUUACUAUAUCAAUAAGUUCAAUACACGAGAAAUUGUCCAACCGGUACAAAGUGAACCCGAGUCGUCCUCUCAAGUCGACGGUGUCACUCCUGAAGUAACAGAGAUUCAAAGUCAAUCAGACAUUCCUGCUCCUGAAGUAACGGACAUUCAAGUUGAAUCCCAAACGACAGCACCAUCCUCUUCGGCUGUAUCCAGUGUCUCGUAGGCUAAUUGAACCAAAUUCGUGUGAAUUUUUUUUAGAGGCUAUACUUCUGUAUUUAUCUGUUAUAACGAUAUUGGACCUCAGCAAUUUCCCUAUGAAACAUGGUGUUUGCUGAUGUGUUGUUCUGCAACCCCAUUUUUUCUUUUGCUGCAGUUGGGCCCAGUUAAAUGUAACAUAAGCUUCAAAUAAACUUCAUCCAUCUUUCUGGUA